UUGAGUUUGUAAUGUUUUAUGGCGCGCACUUUGCUCGUUUCCGUUACAUUACCUAUUCGUUUCGGUGGAAUUACGUUGACUGCCGUCGGCGAAUAAAGUAUUGGGAUAAAAAACCGAGAAGCCGGUUUAGUGAUCGUCGUCGUUAUAGUACAGGUGUCUUGGUUUGGAAAAAAACAAGUGAACAUAAUUACAAUCCCUAUCAACGUUCGCUGUUUUUUGACGUUUGCAACUUUGUGAAACGUACAAUGCCACCUAAAAGAAAAGCUGGCGCAGCUAAAUUGUCGCAGUCUAAAGAUGAGCCCGCAAGUGCUGUUAUUGACGAAAAGGCAGGAGGGGAUACGCCGGUUGAAUUUGAAGAAGACGUAAAAAAUUCAAACCAAAAAGCUCCUUCAAAAAAGGCGGUUGGUAAAGGUAAGGAAACAAAGGCCGAUUUGCCUCAACAGUCGAGAAGGGGGCGAGCAGCUAAAGGGAAUAAUUCAAAUGAAGUUGAAAUCGUUGAGCCUGUAGAAAAUGAAAGGCCUAAACGAAAGGGCCAAACCAAAAAGCCCAUUGAAGAAGCACAAGAUUUAGAAGUUGAUCAAAAACCUAGACGUGGCAGGGCUAAGGAUAACAAACAAAAUGAAAAGGAUGAACCUGAGGAAAAUAUAGUGGAUAGUGGGAAAAGUGCCAGCAAGACCAAAAAGAAACAGGCAAAUGCAAAAGAUAGUGCAGAACCACCUCAGAAACAGCAGAAAACUUUGAAAAAGAGAGGUCCCGUUGCAAAAAAAGUGGAAGAAGAGAAAGAAAAAGACGAUGAUGAUGAGGAGGAAGAAGAAGAUGAUGAUGAAAAACAAACGAUAGAACCUGUGAAGAAAGGUAGCAAGAACGUUAAGAAACAACCUCCUAAAGAAACAGAAGAAACUGAGGUCCCUGAAAAGGGGAAAAAAGGUGCCAGGGGGCAGAAGAAUGGAACAGCUGUAAAGAAACAGGAGAGCCAGGAGGCUCCUUCAGAACUGUCAGAGCCAACAAUAAAACGUAAAAAAGGGAACGAAGCUGCCCCUAAAAAUGAGAAAAAAGAAAAAGCACCUCUCAAAAAUAAAACAGACAGCUCAUUUGGCGAUAUUGACUUUGAUUGCACCCGUAAGGCUCCUUCAGGCCAAGAAUGGAACAUAAAAAUUGCCUCAUGGAACGUUGAUGGUUUGAGGGCUUGGUGUAAAAAAGACGGAAUAAAAUACGUCGAACACGAGAAGCCCGACAUACUCUGCCUACAAGAAACGAAAUGCUCAUCAGAACAGUUACCUGAAGACAUUUCGAAUCUUGACGAAUACAAUUACAAAUAUUGGCAGUCCAGCAAUGAAAAGGGGGGAUAUGCCGGAGUUGGUGUGCUGUCUAAAACUGAACCUCUUUCAGUCAGUUAUGGCAUUAAUAACGAAUCUCAUGAUGAGGAGGGAAGAUGUAUUACUACAGAAUAUGAAAAAUUUUAUCUGGUUUGUGUCUACGUGCCCAAUGCAGGACGAAAGUUGGUGACCCUUCCUAAACGUCUUGAAUGGAACGAGUCUUUCAAGAAUUAUAUCAAAGAUUUGGACAAAAAGAAGCCAGUUAUCAUUUGCGGCGAUAUGAACGUUGCACAUAACGAAAUUGAUAUUGCAAACCCGAAAUCGAAUACCAAAAAUGCAGGUUUUACAAAGGAAGAACGAGAAGGAAUGACCGACUUUUUAGGAGAAGGCUUUGUGGAUACCUAUAGGGAAUUAUAUCCCGAUAACGAGGGGGCCUACACCUUCUGGACAUACAUGACGAACGCCAGAUCUAAGAAUGUCGGCUGGCGCUUGGACUAUUUCAUUGUGUCAAGCAGAUUCAUGGAGAACGUUUGUGAUAACAUAAUCCGAAACGAAGUGUAUGGUUCAGACCAUUGUCCCAUCACCCUCUUCAUUGCUGUUUGAGCAAUUUUGUUUUCUUAAUAGUAUGUGUUUUUGCGUUUAUAUUUCCCUUAUUCUUAUAAUACUAAGGUGUCAUAAACCAGAAAUGUUGAAAGUCAUUCAUACAAAGUUCCUUACAAUUGUUUAUUAGUAGAACAUCACGUUGUGUUUUUUCUCUCAUUUUUUAGGACUUAGUAAUACUGAUACUUCCAGUUUUUAUACUGUACUGAUAAUGAUAAAACUUUUGUUAACUGAAUGUGUUUGAUGUAAAUAAAGCCAUUUGAAAAUA